UCCGCACUCCUUCCCGGCUUGCUUUCUUCUUAGCCUCGCCGGAGAUUAAUUAGUUGGCCAGCUAUAGUCCCUACCGCUAUAACCAAUCUCAUAUCUAUAAUACUACCUCCAGAUCAUUUUUUUGCUGUUGCCGCCCGUAUAGUCAUGGACUCGAACCCGAGGCAGCUGUAUGCCCAACCAGGAUCAGCUAUGUUUGAUAGGAACUCACACAGCCACAGGUGCCAGCAGAUUCAAGCACCUGCUUUCACGCUUGGCUCCAACGACGAUAAAUUCGUCAGAGACGUCCGGCCGCCGCCGCCGCCGCCUCCGUUGGUCACGAUGAUGAACAGGAACGAGAUGCCUGUCAAGACGGAAAACCAAGCGGCGCCGGCGGGGAUGUGGACGACGCCGGUAUCGCAGGAAGCCCGCCCGAGGCCCGCCACUAUUCACGAAGGGUUUUCAUUCUGCACGAGCGAUGAAUUCGGGACUUUACCUUCUUGGGAAACGCCAUCUGGCUUGACAAUCCACACGCCCAGCGAUACGAUGUCGCGGCCUGUUUCGAUGCAUCAAGACUUCUACCCUGUGACGACCAUGGAUAGCAGUCCGUGGGCGACCAAGCAGUGUGAUGAUCACUUUGAGAUGCCUAACUUCGAUGUUGACAUGCACAUCGGACAAGCUUACACCGCGGAUGAGGCGAUCCCCAUCAUCGACCUUCGGUACCCGGGCGCGCAAAUGGAUAACGACUCGGCGGGCUUCGAGCCAGGCCUACAUCCCCGUCGCAUGUCUGGCUCAUCUUUCACCGUGUCGACGACAGGUCUGUCUGACAUGCCUUCGUACGAGGAUUUCUCGGCCGCGCUGUCGGAAGCGCCGUCUUUUACUUCGGAUUACCCGCCACCUUCUAACCGCAAUUCACUCAUGUCUUCCACGCAGCUGUCGCCCGUGGCCUCUCCUCGCAUGACACCUCAGAGCCGCUCCGAUCUGGUCCGAACCCAAAGUCGCGGCCGAGGCGCCUCUCCCUCCCCCCGGCCCGGCAUGAGAUCUGCUCCUUACACCGUCGACAGCAGCGCAAGGAAUAAGAGGUGGUCCACUGGGUCCUAUGGCACUGCUGCCAGCCGCCGCCCGUCACCUUUCGUCUAUCACCACACGCACGACGCUUUCGGGCCCCGGAUGUCGUCGAGGCACUCGUCGCCUACGAUGCCGAAUAAUCCGCUCCCCCUCAACUUUGGCAACCUUCAAGCUAUGCAACAGCAUCCGUUCCUCGUGUCGCACCCGCCGGCUUUCCGCAAUAGCAUGCUUUUGCCGACGCAGCUACCAUCCCAAUUGCCGUCUCAGGCGUUCCACCCGGAGCACCAUCACUUCGAGAGCCCCCCACCGUUGCUAUCCCACGGGCUGUUCAGGAUGCUGCAAAGCAACGCGGACCCCCAUUCCCUGCAUGGCCACUACACAGACUUGUCCGACCCGCCGGAUUUGUACGCUUCCCUUCAAGAGGAGCAGAUCCCACCCCCUCCCGAGGAUAUGAAUCCUUCGGAUCCAGACCUCGUCCCCCACGAGCAGGAGUUGCGAUUCGAGGGCGACCUGUAUACGCCAAGGUGGGUCCGUGGUCACGGCAACAAGCGAGAAGGGUGGUGCGGCAUUUGCAAGCCCGGCCGGUGGUUGGUAUUGAAGAACUCAGCGUUCUGGUACGAUAAGAGUUUUACUCACGGGAUCAGCGCGGCCACCGGCAAUCCCUUCCAAGAGCCCCAAGAAACGAGGCGAAUGGAUGGCAACCCAGACGUCUGGGAAGGCCUGUGCGGUAGCUGCAACGAUUGGAUUGCCCUGGUGAGCAGCAAGAAGAAGGGCACGACCUGGUUCAGGCAUGCAUACAAGUGCCAUACGCACCAAAAAGUCAAGGAUGCGCCGAAAAGGCGACGCGAGAGCAGCCAUACCCGGGCUAUUGCAGCCUCUCAGAUCACCAAACCGCAACAACAACCGCCCACGACGCCUCAGCCGGCCUCUAGGUCAGUCUCGCAGGCCGCGACACCGACCCCCACGUCGGCGCCCGCACCCGGACUCAACGGGCAGAACAUGCAACCGGAGCAACCUCGACCGCACAAGGCUUUCCCCCCUCUCGGUGGGCUAACGAAUAUGAUCUAAAUCUCGCCACACUCUGCCCGAGGCACAAUUUUUCAACCAAUCUUCAUGUCUAGAUCCUGACAUCUUGGACGAGCAAUGAAAUAUUUCCUUGGAUUUUUCUCAUCGAUUUUCGGAAUGAUCUAUAGACGGCAUAUGGAACUUUUCACCAGGUCAGGUAGCGCACGUAGCACUAUCCUGGCCGCAUCUCUCACACAACCCCCUCCUCCUCCAUCACUCCGUCGCCAGGCGAAUUCCACAGAUUUGCGAUACUGCAAGCUGGGGUAUAUCAACCAAACAGAAAGAAAUACCAGA